GCCUUGCUUUUACGAACGAACUACUUAACUUUCUUUUUCUUUCCUAUCAUCAUCUUCUCCCAACCAGGCAGGUUCCGGUGGGUUGUUUCUUGUCGCACCAUUCCAAUGGGCUAGUCUUUGAUCUUAAUUCGAAGAAAAAAAAAUCUUGUUGCUUUAUAUAGUAGCCUCUGUCUGCUCGUCCAGGCUCCCAUUAUUACUUAUUUCAAUUGGAGAGGUCCCCUUUUAAUCUCCAACUAGUCACUUUACUUAGUUGUUUGUUCUUGUCUCACAUACAACACUUAUUCAUUUACUUCUAUCCCUGCGGAAUGAUGGCCUUCUUAUUACUGCGAUGAUCGGAUCCCUUUUUUCUACUUUAUUUAUAAUUUAUAAUUACUUCAAGAUCGGUCUCAGCUUCUGAUACAGUGGAUGGUAAGGCAGACAGGCAGGCACCUACUUACAAUGGACAUCGACCACUCCAAUACAACGACCAGCUCCAUCGCCCUCAUUGAUAACACUGCGCCCCGUCGCCGCCAUUCAGAAACUCCCACCGCUACAACAAACGGCGGCAGCCACAUCUCCCGAAAAUGGACGAAACGGUCAAUUCGCGGCGAGCUGAAGAAGCGCAAGUACGCUAAAUGGCAACCGGAUCGAUUGGGGCUUACGACCGAUGAUGAAGACAAUACCAACUACAACAACAAUGAAGAGGAGGAAGGCAUACCGUCCUCCAGCAGACGACCCUCCGAAAGACCAGAACCGUCAGACCUCUUUACUACAGAAACAGCAACCACCACGAGCCCUCCCCCAUCGCAAUACCAAAGUCGAAGUGACAGUCCCAGCCAACAACAACAACAACCCUCCCCCCCUUCGCAGGAUGUAAGCGCCACGGAUUUCGCCCCAGAAAGCAACACCCUCACCACCACCACUACAACUACAGGGGCUAACGCCCCCAAACUCACCGGCCUAAAACCCAACACCGAGCUCGACAUCCUCUACGAAAACCAACGCGGGUGGUUCUUCUUUGGCAUCCCGCUCUACUCACAUAGCUCCCUGCUCAACUUCGACCCCUCCGCCUGGCAGACCGCCGACCUGCGCGACAGUCCCGUGGACAUCACGAACGCGCAAGUGCCCGACCCCAGCUGGGUGUGGGCGUGGCGGUCCUGGUACGUCGAUAUGUCCGGCGACGUGGACGACCAGGGAUGGCAGUAUUCGUUCUCGUUCAAGUCGACGGCGUGGCAUGGGUCGCAUCCGUGGUUCCAUUCGUUUGUGCGCCGUCGCAGAUGGGUGCGGGUAAGGACGAAACGGUUGGUGGAUAGACAUGGACGGACGGAGUUGGAGAUGGCGCAUAGGUUGAAUGAGGAUUACUUCACGAUUCACUCGGGGAAGAAUAAGAAGAAGAGGCCGGUUAGUGAGGUCGGUGGGGGUGGGUAUGGGGCUACGAGUUUGGGUCGGACCACGACUGCGACGACUUCUAGGGAGAUGGAGGAGGAGGAAGGGGCGCCGGUAGAGGAAAUAGCAGAUAUCCCGGCGUUGAUGCACGCGUUGAGAGUAGCGAUUGUGGAUCGCGAGAAGGUGGAUGCGUUGGAUCGGUUCGUCGACGAGGGCGGGGAGGAGUUGUUUUAUUUGGAUGAGAAGAUCCCCGAAAUCAUGUCCAUGUUCGUCUUCCAAGCCUCCCGCUGGCACUUCGUCCUCCACCUCACCGACGUCGUCGAGUCCCUCUCCCAACAACUCUCCUCAUCCAGCGGGGACACCGAAGCCACCGAGCUGCAGCGCAAGCUGAAUCAUCUCCGAAAGGCCACCGAAACAGCUAGACGCCAUCUCACGGGCCCGGGGGUCCUGCGAACCGAGAACCGGAAAUCGAGCAUGGAGAUGCUGGAUUUGACACCCGUUUCGAAGCGCGGGAGUCUGUUGGCGAGAUACUCUGGCCGGUUCGAGUUCAAGUCAAUGGAUGAUGGUGGGGAGAUUAAGGGGAUUCCUAAGGAGGCGGAGCUCCCCUGCCUCUUCUUCCCUCGGCCAUUCCGAUCUCUCUACGACCACGACCCCGACCACGGCCACGCCUCCCAAGUACCCACCCCCCGCUUGGUUGGUGUGUCACUCCGAUCCCACAUGUUAUCUCGUGGUCGACCGUGUCUGAAAAGACGUAGUCUAUCUACCGUCUUAGACACCGUUGCGGCUAGUCCCGAAGAACCUCUCCUAUUCCUGUACCCUCGCUGGGUGGGUUCGGCUGUACGACAACACCGGAGUCUUGUUUCCUCGUCAGGUCCUGCGCCGUGUGGAAAUGGGAAUGUAUAUAACGCUGCUGCUCGGAGGAGGACGGUAGCGAAGCCGCCACCGGCGGGACGGAAGCUCUCGUUUGGGAGCUCGUCGAGACGGUGGGUUUCGACGACGGCGGCGGAGGCUGCUGUGAAGACGGAGGUAAAGCAGGAUGUUGUUCCGCCUGAGCAGGGGAAGUCGGCAGCGGCUCCGCAGAAAGGGAAACGUGGUGAAGAGAAUGCCGACACCGGACCGCCUGCAUCUAUCUAUAACCAAUUAGACAAUGACCCGGAAACCGAGGUGAAGAGCGAACGACACGUUUUCAAUAUCUUCUCCGAUUUACAGACGCGACCUGUGCAGCCGACGACGGGCCGGAAGGGUAUGAGAUCGUCGGCUGGUGAAACGCCCGCUAUUGCGCUGAAGCGACUAUCGCACCGCGACCGACGGAAGUUGAGAUAUCGGCUGUUCUUGACGAAGCAGAGUCAGGGUCGUGAUAAGGGAAAGAAUAACCAGUGGAAUAAGUGGACGAAGAUCCGGGAGAUGUUGGAGGAGAUGCAUGAGGAUACGCAUGUUUGGGCGAAGAAGGGUGUCAAACAGAAGGAAUUGCUCGUGCCGGAGGAGACGAUCGCGCUGUUGGCCGGCGUCACGGACAUGGCGUUGAAGGAGAAUGUUUGGUAUGUGCCGGUGCAUAAUGGGUGCAAGGUGCAUGUGCUGCGUCCGUUGCAGAGCCAGGGUCGGUUUCGAAGAGUGAUUCUGUCUGGCUCGGAGCGGGUGGUUGAGUUGGUCAGCGAUAGGAUUGCGCAGGCGAGGAAACUGCAGGAGCAGAGUGAUCCUCUGGUCGAUAUCCAAAUCCCACUUUUCCCGAUCAUCCCGUCUAUUGAAGCGCUGAAGCGUCAGGGUGCGCCCGUGCCGUUGGUUCGAGGUGUAUGGGAUAUACAGUCGGCUGUCAAGCAGGCCGCGAAGUUGCAUAUGGUUCUACCUGCUGGGAAGAAUUUGUCUGGAAUUCGGGACUUCGCGGAACAUGUGGAGGAAUUGACGAGGUCGAAACCUUCGUAUAACUCGAAGAUUCCCUAUUCGCACCAGAAGCAGGUGGCACGGGCCCUUGUGCAGCUGUUCCGGAAUGAGGCAUAUUCCAGCUUUAUGUCGACGGCGGCGCUGAAUCGAGCGCUGUCAUAUCUGCUCGACCAUGAGUUUCUGAACGCCGCCCGCGACAUCUUCCUCAAGUCCGAACACCUUGCGACGGUGGAUACCUUUAAUAUCCUCCUGAAGUCUGCGGCUAAGAGGCAAGACCUCCGCUUCUUCCGUCAGUUCUUGCUUGCCAUGUCUCGACUGAGCAUUCGGCCUGACCCGAACACAUGGCUCACCCUGCUGGAUUGCCUGGUUGCUCCCAAGGCGAAAGCAGAUCUCGUCACGUAUAUGCUGCAGCGCGGGUACCUGGAGAACAUGGGUGCGAUGCGGACGGCGCUACACCUGACCCUGCCCAACACGUUCCGAGCACACUUAGAAAGUGGCAAGAGCGUGGAUUCAUUCAUCAGGCAGACCGCCGACUCCUGCGGAGAUAGCUGUUUCGCUCCAUCUCUGAUCAGCCAGAUGUUCGGUGUCAUCGUCCGGCUGAAAGACUUUGCUGCCCUGGACCGGUUAUUUGACAUCUGCAAGCAGAACGACCUAACCUUCAACAGUGCUACCAUCACCCAAAUUCUGUCUCUGUUCCGAGCAGACAUGCCCACCGCUCUGCGGUAUCUCUUCCGAUGCCUUGAGCGCCCGGAAACGAAGCUCGAACGGCACGCAUGGGAGCGACUCUUCCUGGUCGCUUUCAAAGGCCAAUACUACAACAUCUGCCGGGUCCUCUGGAGGUACGCGUGCAUGUCCGGGAACGUAACAUACAAGAUGAAGCGCACGGUCGUGACUUCCUUGAUUCGCAAUGUGCCCCGCAAGCCCGAGACCAAUGUUCACACGAUCUGGGAUGUGAGUGCGGGUAAAGUCAUCGUAGGACUGAAUCUGCACCGUCCCGACCAUAAGCUCCAGACCACCGUGCUCGACAAACUACCCCGGGAGUAUCGCACCAACCCCAUCGCCUAUUUGAGUUCAGGCUAUAAGCCCAGCGGCGAAGAGCGGGAGCAGCAGAUCCAAGUGGCCUCUGCGCUCACGCAGCAUGAUAUCGAGAUCGGUUCCUGGCAUCGCCCGCAGUUUCCUCUGCUGAUUAUGUUGGAGGCCGCCUCGGUCUUGGAUCAAGAGUGGCGGAAGGUGCCGCGGCCGGUACACUGGCUGGUCCAGAAUGCCAUUCGCGUGCCGGUGAGGAAGUCGAUGUAUCCGGCUUGAUCUGUUCCCUUGUUAUUUGCUCGAUUGUGGCUUCACCAUGGCCCUGUUAUACAUACAACAUCUUGUACAUUAUGCCCUCCCUCCUAUUCCACCCCACAUCAGAUCACAUAACACUCUGUACAUAGACCUGGAACCACCCCACCAUAUAGAAACCCAACAGCAAUAGAUUGUAUCUAUAGUAAUCCACAACCCAACCCCGCAC